GGGGUCUCUUCUGUAGUAUCACUGUGGGAGGGGGUCUCUUCUGUAGUAUCACUGCUGGAGGGGUCGAGUACAUUGUAUCAGUGCCGGGGAAGUCCCUGUGAGAUGUUGCAUCACUGGAUGAGUCACUUUGUUACACUGUGUCACUUCCAGAGACUCAGACAGACUGAAUCCCUCCCCGGGCUCGGCCGAGUCACUCGCUGACUGUGGGAGAAGGAGGGCAGAUGUGUUGCUGAGCCCAGGGCCCCCCAGCAGUGCCAGGAACAUGAGCCUAAUGUUAUCAUGGAGAAUGGGACGGGGGAUAUAAUGCUGAAAUGUGUGGUGGUGGGAGACGGGGCAGUGGGGAAAACUUGCCUGCUGAUGAGUUAUGCCAACGAUGCCUUCCCGGAGGAGUAUGUGCCCACUGUGUUUGACCACUAUGCGGUUAGUGUUACGGUUGGAGGCAGACAGUACCUUCUGGGACUCUACGAUACUGCUGGACAGGAAGAUUACGAUCGAUUGAGGCCGUUGUCUUAUCCCAUGACCGAUGUUUUUCUCAUCUGUUUCUCGGUGGUAAACCCGGCUUCCUUUCAAAAUGUCAAAGAGGAAUGGGUCCCGGAGCUGAAGGAAUAUGCACCAAAUGUGCCCUUUUUAUUAGUAGGGACACAGAUCGACCUACGAGAUGAUCCGAAAACCCUCGCAAAGCUGAACGAUGUGAAGGAAAAGCCCAUCACUGUCGAGCAAGGGCACAAAUUAGCGAAAGAGAUCGGGGCAUGCUGUUAUGUCGAGUGUUCUGCUUUGACACAAAAAGGACUAAAAUCGGUUUUUGACGAGUCCAUUAUUGCUAUUCUGACCCCAAAGAAGACAGCCAUGAAGAAACGGCUGGGAUCGAGGUGUAUAAACUGCUGUCUGAUCACGUGAAACGAAGUCCUACUUGACCUAGUCAACUGUGAGAGCACAUGGUAAAUGGUCCGUUGCACUAUACGCUUGUAACACCACGACAAAAGGCUUUUUAUUGACCUACUUUUCAAACACAAUGGGUUCCAAAGCGGAGAAGAAUGCAGGCCAUUCCUCUGUUGAAGAACAGGUACCAUUACUCAGGGUUAUAUUUAUAUAUUCAAGUAGGAACUGUGCCAGCCAGUAACACCAAGUGGAUAAGUUGCAACAAAAACGUUGAACCCUGGCUCUGAUUUCGACAGUCCUUUGAGUAGAAUGUAUUGAGUUCUUUGCAGUUCUUGCUAUCUGCUUUUGUAGGUGAGUCUCUUCCUGUUCCAAUAGAUCCAAACAGGUGCCAUGAGAAGACCAGCCACGUACCCAAUGGUAGCACCCAAUGAGCAGGAUAUGGGCCACACCUGGAAGAAAGGAAGUAAAAUGGAAAUGGGAGUAAUAGAGGAACGCAAGAAUAAGAAGCACACAAAGUCAUGGUUGGAGAGAGGGCACAGAGAACCGAAUGAAACCUAUCACUGAGUCUGGAUGGUUCACUGGUGCCAAAUAGACAUUUACUGUCCAGGAAAGUUUUAUGUUUUUAUUUAGUAAGAGGCUUCCCCCCCGGAGUCUGCACAUGCCUUCCCAUUUAUUGUGUGCCAGGCAGACAAGCAACCUAAAUGGCACAUUCCUUCCCACAGAUGAUUGGCUCAAAUUUAGUGAGUCAAAGGUUAAGUUCUUUUUAAUAUUUAUGAUAAAAACCACCAGUUAACGUUA